AUGGGAAGAACCCGACUAUGGAUUGUGGUUUGUGGAGUGUGGAUCGUUGCUCGCGGUCUAGACGCAGCCGUGGUUCUACCCAAAAUCCCGGACGUGCUGAAUCCACCGGUACCGGACGGAAUCGAUCUGGUGGAACAGUCAUCUUUCCUCGCAGACACCGAGCAAGAUCCGGAAGUGACACCAGGGCUGUUCCAGGGUGAUAUGGCAAUGGACAACCGAAUGUACCGUUACUGGCGUGUGGGGCUCAACUGGGACGUCUUUCCCGAACGUGUGUGGCCAAACGGUACCGUUCCAUACGCCAUCAGCCCACUGUACGAGGUGGACGACCAAGUUACGAUCUUGCAGGCCAUCCGUACCCUAAACUUCAUGACGUGCGUAAACUUUGUGUCGUGGAACGGGAAGGACAAAGACUUUCUGCUGGUCUGGCCGAUCAAGUAUCCAAAGGGUUGCUGGAGCUACGUUGGAAAGAUUGGAGGAACGCAGAUCGUGUCGCUACAGCCCCCGGACGACCGGAGCCCGAACUGUCUUGGUAAUGAGGGCCGUGCCAUACACGAGCUGAUGCACGCGCUCGGCAUCUUUCACGAGCAGUCGCGUGCCGAUCGUGAUCGGUUCGUGAAGAUCAUCUGGGACAACAUCAUACCCGCGUUCAAGUCAAACUUCGAGAAGCAAUCGCUGAAGAACACAACCUACAGCUUCGAGUACGACUACAACAGCAUCAUGCACUAUGGUAAAAACUACUUCAGCAUCGGGAAGGGCAAGCCGACGAUCGAAACCAAAAUGCCCGGCAUCAAGCUCGGGCAGCGGCUAGCCUUAAGCAAAACGGACUGCCUGAAGAUCAAUGAUCUGUACGGUUGCCUGGACAAUCCCAAAAUAAGCAAAAAGUACUACAACCUCUGCAAGACUCUCGGCAUUUAA